AUGGCAGCACAGGGACUGUUGAUCGGCUUUGUGGUUCUUCACGUGUUCGUUCUCGGGGCACGCUGUGACUUCCCCUUCCGGAACAUUUCCUUGUCAUGGGAGGAACGGGUUAACGACCUAGUGGGCAGACUCACUUUGGAUGAGAUCGUCCCACAGAUGGCCAAAACUCAGCCGGCACCAGCCAUAGAUCGGUUAGGCAUCAAAGCGCACGAUUGGGACACGGAAUGUUUGCGCGGAGACGUAUACGCAGGGACAGCCACAUCGUUUCCACAGGCGUUGGGACUCGCGGCAACAUUUAGUCCUACCAUGAUCUUCCGCAUCGCCGAAGCCACAUCGGUUGAGGUGCGAGCCAAGUACAACUACUUCGCCAAAAACAAUCUCCAUGGAUACUCAAAGGGGAUUAGUUGCUUCAGUCCAGUCAUUAACAUCAUGAGACACCCGCUAUGGGGAAGAAAUCAGGAGACGUACGGCGAGGAUCCGUUCAUGAAUGGUCUGUACGCUCAGCAUUUCGUGGCCGGCUUACAGGGAGAUCACCCACUUUACGUCCGUGCAAGCGCCGGAUGUAAACAUUUUGACGUCCACGGUGGUCCGGACAACAUUCCUGUAUCAAGAUUUUCGUUUGAUGCUCAGGUGUCUACCCGUGACUGGAGGUUGACAUUUCUCCCGGCAUUCCGCAUGUGUGUAGAGGCGGGAACCUACAGCGUGAUGUGCAGUUACAACAGGAUCAACGGGGUUCCUGCCUGUGCGAACAAGAAAUUACUGACGGAUGUGCUGCGGGGUGAAUGGGGAUUCACGGGUUACGUGGUCAGUGACGAAGGCGCGAUUGAGAAUAUCGUUUACGAUCAUCAUUACUUCAACACCAGUGUCCAAACUGUGGCCGCAUGUGUCAAUGCCGGAUGUAAUUUGGAUCUCGCUCAUGUAGCGGUUGAACCCAAAGAUUUCUUCAACGAUAUGGCCCAGGCUGUUCAAGACGGAAGUCUCACAAUGGACACGGUCAUAGAGAGGGUGAAGCCUCUGUUCUACACCAGACUGAGGCAGGGAGAGUUUGACCCACCGGAAAUGAACCCUUAUAACAGGAUCAACCUGACGGUCAUCGAGAGUGAACCUCAUAUCGCCCUCUCCAGGGAGGCAGCGGUCAAGACAUUUGUACUUCUGAAGAACAACAACAACUUUUUACCGAUAAACACUCCCAGCCAAUACGAAAAAGUUGCGAUCGUGGGGCCAAUGUCAGACAACCCUAGCCAACUGUUUGGGGAUUAUUCUUCUAGCAACCCACCACAGUAUACGGUGACGCCAUACCAAGGGCUACAGGCCAUCUGGCCUACCAUUAGUAUGGCCAGCGGCUGUUCGGUCACAGAGUGCACCGAUUACAACAGCGGUGAUGUGGAGAAGGCGGUCAAUGGAUCCGACAUUGUAUUCGUGUGUCUUGGGACAGGCCAGUCUCUUGAGGCUGAGGGACAUGACAGGAUGAAUAUGGAUCUUUCAGGAUCUCAACUUCAGCUUCUACAGGAUGCUGUUAAGUAUGCUAAUGGCGCCCCGGUGGUUCUGCUCAUGUUUAACGCCGGUCCUCUUGACAUCGCCUGGGCGGACCAGAACGAGGCCGUCAGCUCUAUCAUUGCCUGUUUCUUCCCUGCCCAGGAAACCGGAAAUGCUCUACAGCAGGUUCUUCUGGGAGAGGAAAGUCCAGCUGGCAGACUUCCGUACACGUGGUACCGUUCAGCCAGUCAGACCCCUGAGAUCACGAAUUACACGAUGUCCGAGCGUACAUACCGUUACUUUACCGGAGACCCCUUGUACCCGUUCGGCUAUGGUCUAUCCUAUACCAACUUCACCUACACGGAUAUCACUAUAGGCAGCUCAUCAUUACAGGCUGGUCAGUCUCAGAUCGUGUCCGUUACUCUCCACAAUUCGGGAGCCGCCAUCAGCGAUGAGGUGAUCCAGGUGUACAUUUCCUGGGUUAGUCCGAGUACCACGAUGCCACAGUUACAACUGGUCGGCUACGAUCGUCUACGACAGAUCAGUCCUGUGGUGACGUCAUUGACAGUCAAGUUUGUGAUUGAUCCUCGCCAGAUGGCGCAGUGGGACGAUUCUAAAGAACAGUUUUUCAUUGAGUCAGGAGAGAUUCGUGUGUAUGCCGGCGGUCAGCAACCGAACCAGAGGAAGACUGUUGCCUCCAAUGUCCUACAAGGAAGCUUCCAGAUCACCGGACAGAAGUUCAUGGGCAGAUUCUAA